GUAAACAUAACCCUAUACCACAUCACACGUUAGUUUUGGAUUAAAUAUGAUAGGCAAGCCCAAAUCGAAUCAAGCCAUGCGGGCCAAGAACUUCAGGAAGAGAACCCUAGAUCUGCAUGGCAAUGACACCGAUGACGACGAAGAGGAGCGCCGGUUGGCAUUGGAGGAGGUGAAGCUCCGUCAGAAGCAACGGGAGAAGAAGGACGGAAUCCCGGCUCUCUCCACAACUCCACAGCAUUCAUCAGUCGGCCCCGGAUCCGCCUUCCGCAAGGGCUCCGCAGGCAGAGGGGGAGGGGGCGGCGAUAAAGGCGAUGGAGAUGGCGGCAAGGAGGACCUCGUUCUGCAGGAUACCUUUGCUCAGGAGACAGCUGUUACCAUCGAGGACCCCAACAUGCUUAAGUAUGUGGAGCGAGAACUGGCAAAGAGGCACGGUAAGAGGAUCGACUCAGGUGAGAAGGAGGAGAAAGAUCCGAUGGAUGAAUUGUAUGUUGUGCCUGAACAUCUUAAGGUGAAGAAGAGGAAUUCGGAAGAAAGCUCGACACAGUGGACAACGGGCAUUGCUGAAAUCCAGCUUCCGAUAGAAUACAAGCUACGGAAUAUUGAAGAAACUGAGGCUGCCAAAAAGUUAUUGCAAGAGAAGAGACUUGUCAGGAAAACUAAAUCCGAGUUAAAUAUUCCUUCAAGUUAUAGUGCAGAUUACUUCCAACGUGGUCGGGAUUAUGCAGAAAAGCUUCAGAGAGAGCAUCCAGAGUUGUACAAAGGCCAAGGUACGAGAGAAAAUGAAAGGGAUGGAAAACCAACAGAAACUUCAGAUGCUGCAAGAUGGAGGCAAACUGCUACUGAUGAGUUUAUGCUUGAGAGAUUUCGGAAACGAGAAAGAAAUCGCGUGAUGCGAAGAUAAUCUUAAAUGUAAAGAAAAAACAGAUGAAGUUUCCUUCACUGGAGAAAAUUCUCCGCGUGUUCUCAAGAUUUAUGAUGAAAUAAAUCUAAGCAUUGGGAAUGACAAUGUUAGAAUGUCAUGUUUCUUCUUGAAGUCAGAUAUUCACUUGCCAAACAGUUCACCGGGAGAAGAUGGUGAGCAGAUAACUUUUGCGGGGAAGUUAGAGGCAGAUCAUGGCUCCGGUACUUUCGAUGAGGAUGUUUCACUGCUCAAGUUAGAUUCCUUAGCUGAAGGGGUAUGGAACUACUACCUUGGAAGAUAUUCAACAUGGCACUACCAAAAUGGUAUAUACUUGUAUGAAAUAACUGAUUAGGCAUGUUUUCUAUUUAAAAUCUCUAUAUGUUUCUGAUGAUAAAACUCAUUAUUGCAAUGAUCAACUUAUUGAUCAGUAAGUUGAUCUUAGUUCAGAGACAAUUUCCAGAUGGAAGCUAAGUUGACUGUUUCUUCUGAAAAAAAUUUAGUAACUUGACCUGCCUUAGCAUUGUGAUGGAUUAA